AUGUCCAGAAAAAAUACGUCGGACGUUUGGAAAUACUUCAAAAAAUUGCCAAACACCCCAAAUGAAGCAGUUUGCUUAAUUUGUUCAACCCAUUAUAAACAUGGUCAUGGGACAUCUAAUUUGCACGAACAUUUGCGGCGUGUUCAUCAAUCCAAAUUAGAUGCUGAUAAACGCAAUGCAGAAUUAGAAAAAGAUUUAGAUAUGUCAAGUAGUAACCAACCAAGUAGUUCAAAAACCUUAAAUUAUGAUCAAGAACCGGACCAAGAACAGCCACCUACCAAAAAAACCAAGCAAUUGUUGUUAUCAAAACGAUUUAACGAACCAUCAACAAAACAAAAAAAUGACUUCAUAUCUAUUAUAAUGGAUAUGAUAGCAGGAGAUUUACAACCCAUUUCAUACUUGGAAAAUAAUGGUUUUCGAAAAAUUGUCAGUUUUUUAGAUUCCCGUUAUUUGGAGCAUAUUCCUAGUCGUCGUACCCUUACUAGGAAAAUAAUGCCUGACAUUUAUCAAUCUACCAAAGUAAAAGUGCAACAAAUGUUAAUUGAAUCUAAUUAUGUUGCCAUUACAUCAGAUAUUUGGACAUCUUUAAAUGCUGAUUCUUUUUUAACAGUUACUGCUCAUGUAUAUAAUACAAAUUAUGUACUGAAAACAUUUGUACUAACAACAGAAAAACUUAAUAAAAAUCAUACAGCACAAUACUUAUAUGAAACAUUGAUUGAAAUAUUUGAAGAAUGGAAAAUAAUUAAUAAAGUAGUAGCUAUUGUAACCGAUUCUGGUGCUAACAUAAAGGCUGCAAUAAAAAAAAUGAAUGGCAUACCUCAUAUUCCAUGUACUGCACAUAAGUUGAACUUAGUGGUGACAAACGCACUAAAAAUUCAGUGUGGUGCAGAUGAAAGUGACGUAGAUAACAAUAUUGGUUGGGAUGGACAAGAUGUGUCAACCCGUUGGAACAGUAGCCUCUUAAUGCUUGAAAGGUUGGUAACAUUAAAAGAACCACUUACUUGUGUCAUGAUGUCGCUAAAGGAUGGUCCAACAAUGCUCCUACCAAUGGAAUGGAGAAUUAUAGAGGAUAUUAUACCACUGCUAACACCAUUUAAUUUAAUGACAACAGAACUUUCAGGAGAAAAAUACCCAACACUUGCCAUGGUUAUACCUUUAGUGAGAGGUGUGAAUAUUGCUCUUAAUUCUAAAAUAAUGGAGACAGAAUUAGGUGUAGCAUUAAAAACUAAAUUGAUAAAAAAUAUGUCAGAUCGUUUUAAUCUGAUUGAAGAUAAUGAUGUUUCACCUUGUUUUUCAAUUUCAACAGUUCUUGACCCAAGGUUUAAGAAAGUAGCUUUUACAAAUAUAGAGUUGGCCAAUAAAGCUAUACAGAGUAUAAAUAAUGAAUUAGCUGCAUCAAUUGGAGAAAACAGAGAGCAUUCAGCACCCAUAGUAAAUCAUGAACCCCAAGAAAAUCAAUGCUCUGACUUAUGGGCAUUUUUGGCAACUGAAGUAGAAGAAGAAAGGACAACUUUAACGUCAAACACAACCGCGCAAACACUUAUAAAUCAAUAUAUAAGUCUUCCUCUGGAAAAACGGUCAAGUAUUCCACUAGAUUUCUGGAUCAAACAUCAGUCACUUCUGGACUCAUUAUUUAAAAUAGCUGUGAAAUACUCUAUAAUUCCAGCGACUUCGGUUCCCUCAGAAAGAGUUUUUUCAAAAGCAGGGGAAAUAAUGAGUGCCAAAAGGAAUCGGCUAGAUCCAAAAAAUUUAGAUGUUUUAAUUUUUUUAAACAAAAAUUUAAAAGAAUUAGCAUAG